GCGUCCAGGGGCCAGCGCGGAGGGGAUUGCACCUGCGCUCCCUACUGCACAGCCAGGAGCUGGCACUGCCGCCCCCUCCCCGUGUCUGUGCAGUGCUAACAAUGAGCCUGCCAGGAGCAGCCUGCUCUGCUGCAUAGAAAGGACCUGGAGACUCUCCUCCUCCAGCAGGGGAGAAGCCAAGAAGACAGGGGUUAAAAUGAAUGAAGAUCUGAAGGUUAAUUUAAGCUGGCUGCCUCAAGAUCACUUAGAAGCCAGCUCUCCAGAGAAUGUCUCAACUGCAGUCUCCUCCCUGAUUCCUGUCGUAGACCCAGAACCAGAGCUCAUAGUAAACCCCUGGGACAUUGUUUUGUGUACUUCAGGAACCCUUAUCUCCUGUGAAAAUGCCAUUGUGGUCCUUAUCAUUUUCCAAAAUCCUAAUCUUCGUGCCCCCAUGUUCCUUCUGAUAGGCAGCCUGGCACUUGCAGACCUCUUAGCAGGAAUUGGAUUGAUCAUCAAUUUUAUUUUUGCCUAUCUUCUACAAUCAGAAGCUACAAAACUGGUCACUAUUGGACUGAUUGUUGCCUCUUUCUCUGCCUCUGUGUGCAGCUUGCUGGCUAUUACUGUUGAUCGUUACCUCUCAUUGUAUUAUGCUUUGACUUAUAAUUCAGAAAGGACUGUCACUUUUACUUAUAUCAUGCUUAUUUUGCUCUGGGGAGCAUCUAUCUGUAUUGGACUGCUGCCUAUAAUGGGCUGGAACUGCCUUAAAGAUGAAUCCACCUGCAGUGUUAUCAGACCGCUCACUAAAAAUAAUGCAGCUAUCCUUUCAGUCUCUUUCUUGCUCAUGUUUGCUCUCAUGCUGCAGCUAUACAUUCAAAUUUGUAAAAUCGUGAUGCGCCAUGCCCAUCAGAUUGCCUUGCAACACCAUUUCCUGGCCACAUCCCAUUAUGUGACCACCCGAAAAGGAGUGUCUACUUUGGCCAUUAUUUUGGGGACCUUUGCUGCUUGUUGGAUGCCUUUUACACUCUAUUCUUUAAUAGCAGAUUACACGUAUCCUUCAAUAUAUACCUAUGCCACUCUCCUGCCAGCCACCUACAAUUCCAUCAUCAAUCCAGUAAUAUAUGCUUUUAGAAACCAGGAAAUACAAAAAGCAUUUUGGCUCAUCUGCUGUGGCUGUAUCCCUUCUAGCCUGUCUCAAAGAGCAAGAUCACCUAGUGAUGUUUGAUUAACAGCUAAGAGGACUUUAUUUAGCAUUUUCUUUUUCAGAAAUUCCUGCAACGCUCUUUGGUUAGAUACAUUCCUUAGAUUGUACAUAUCUAAUUCAUAUUCAAGCCACAGGAUGCACUGACCCUUUUGUAAAGAGAAACGCCAUUAACCAAAAUGAACUCAGUGGUUUAAGGAAGAUUUCCAAAAUCAAAAUGAUUAGUGUUCUUUCAAAUUGUAUUGCUGCUCAGGUUCUAUCAAUAGACUAAACCAGUCAUUCACAUUCACUAUGAUUCUAAGUUAACUUUAUUAGUUAAAAAAGGUAGACUGAAGAGUUGUAGCCUUUUUAAAAUAGUUUAUGUGCUUGAGCUCAGUUAUGAUGCAUGAUUUUUCUGUUGUCAGAAAUUCUCUCUCUUAACCUUAGUGAAACAGUAAAGAAGACUAUGUCCUUCGUUCUGUUGACAUAAACUAAAAUGUAUAUCAUCAAUUUAAAACAAUGAUCCAAUAACUACUGAUUCAUUUGGUAUUUAUUGUAAUACUUUCUGGGCCAUUAAUUUGCUAAAAUGAGGAAGUACUUGUGCAGGUUUACUGUUUUAUAUCUCAGUAUAAAUUGAUCAGUAUUUUAAAGUGUUACCUAUUUUCUCAUGAGUUCUGGAUAGAUGCUAGAAUAGAAUGUACAUUUUGUCUUUACUGCUGUUUUGUUUCUUUUAAAAAAUCAACUAUACAUUUUAAAAAAUAUAAAACAUCAGGGCCUAUUAUAACAUUGAUUUUUACGCAGAAUUCCUCAUUUAAAUUGAUGUGGAGUUCUACUCAGAAAUCUAUGGCACAAUAUGGCCUCUAGGAAUUCUGCAUUGUAAUAGGUGCAGCAUUUUAAGUUUCUUUGACAGAUUAAUAUUUUCAGAAAUGUAUGAGGAAAUAUUUAAUAAAAUAACUUGCUUAAAAUAGUAUAUUUUUAGUACCUACAGUAAAUGGUUCCCUAAAGUUUGCUAUUGAUACACAAGUGUUAUUUCAUUGUUCUGCUAUGGUUUCAGAUUCUGAAGUUUGAAAAUUCUUUGAGGAUGUCAGGUGCAUAAUCGUAUAUAGCAAAAAUGCCUACAGAACAUACUUUCUGCUAUUCUAACAAUUUAAUCUUUGAGUCCAUCACAUAUUAUGAUUCUCAGUACUAUAUGCAUAUCAUUUCACUUCAUAAGAUAAUACUCCUUGUGUAAAAGGCAAAGCUUCCUUUCAUGAAUGGUUUAAUUUAAGCUGCUUCUGAUCUUUUCCCUGAAGCCACAUUAGAUUAUUAGAACAAAAAUGUUGUUUUCUAAUAACAAGGUUGUAUUGACAGAAGAAAAAGCUUACCGGAAAAAAAAACCCUGAUUUUGGAUUUCUUUGUUAAACUUGAGGUAUAUUCUUUCAUCAAUGAAUGGGAAUUUAUAGUAAAACUUCCAUUAGUGCUGAUGGAAGUUACAUGUAUAAAUGCCUAGGCACCAAUAUUGGGGUGUAGUCCCCUGAAUGUCAAAGUAAAUAAACUAUAUUGUUGCUUUAGUAUCUUCCAUUAUACUUUAAAAAAAAAUCUCAAAUUUUGAUGAAAAAUACCUGUACAGUAUAGAGAGUAUACACUACUAUACUACUGUCACUCAAUCUUUUCACCUGGUAUCUUUCCUUUCAUUUAAACUUUUGGAACACUGUAGCUUUUGUGGCAAAGUUCUGUGACAUUAAUAUUCCAUAUGCUAUACCCAGAAUUAAAUUUCAAAUGUGAGUCACUUCUAUAUUAGCAAUAAUUUAUCUUAGUUUCAAUGCCAGAUUCAAAUUCCAUUAUUUACUUGGUUCAUGAUAUCUGGCUAUUACUUUACAUUAAUCUAAUCAAAUUUAAUAUUGUAUGAUGGCGGCCUUAUCUUGACAGGACUGUGCUCUUGCAACUCCCGUUGGCUUCACUGGGACUUGUAGGUGCUCAACACCCACUGAAAUCUCCCCUCAAACUAUAUAGGAUAUUUGUGUUCUUAAUCUAUCCCUGAAUAUUAAUGAAGUUCUAGUAGUUACCAGUUUUCUAUUGUUUUUAAGAAAUCAUCACUUCAUAAAUACCUAUGAUGUAUAUAUACCUGAUUGUUUAAAAUGUAGAUAUACACACAUGCACACACACACAAGUAUCAAAUAUUCGAAAUCAUUGCUAGGAUAAUUUGUUAAAAUUUUGAAAUGAAUUAUGCAUAAGGGUCACAAAUGCUAUUUGCUUGUUAACAAACACAGAUAAGACUUGUUAAAACUAUACAAACAAAACCUACCCCUCUCUUCCUCUCUCCUUUCCAUGAGUUUGGUCAGUUGCAUCAAAGUGCCAAAAACUGAUCAGGACAAACACCUACAGUUGUGACUAAAAUUCUAUCCCAAGAGGAACUGAGUUUUGCUCCAGUUCUGUCUAGGUACUAAUAUGCCCCUCCAUUACUAGAGUAUCUGAGCACCUCACAGUUAUUUUUAUGUCUUUAUCCUCACAAUAGCCCCGUGAGGUAAGGAGGGACUAUCAUCCACUGUUUACAGCUGGGGAAGAGAGACACAGUGACACCCACUGACUUGCCCAAGGUCACACAGGAAAUACAUGGCAGAGCAUAGAAUUGAGCCUCAGUCUCCUGAGUAGCAAUCUAGUUUCCUAGCCACUGGACCAUCCUUCCUCUGCUCUUGCCCCCCUUCUCUUCCAGUCUGGAUCAUGCCCUCCUGUGGCAAAACCCAUAACAUGGGGCUCUGGAGAAGAGAUCUGUGAUUUCAGUGGUUGUUCCAUCAGAGAGAUUCCCACCCCCUUGCCCAAGUAGGCCAUUGUACUUACCAACAAAUCUGGAAGAUCUUCAGAGAUCUGUAGGAGGCCGCAGCUGACCACAUAGAGGCUGUAUGCCUCUGCUCUGGUCUGGUAGGAGGAUUCAGCAGAAAAUAUCCAAGGAUGCCAGAGGGGGACAAUGUGGGUCCCCACCAUAAGCUUACCCUCUCCUCCGCUUCUGGUUUACCUGAUGUUCACCUCUUCACUCAAUGUGGAACUUAGACCUGUAGAUCAGCCAGGGAAGACACUACACUCUUCUUCCAUGCAGGAUCAGAGAGAUUUGUACCCAGAGGGUCCUCUUCACAUGCAGAUCUCAGGACACCAUCUGGGCUGAAUUUAGGAUAGAGAAGGAUUAAAAUUACAGAGUAAUGUUCAGAUAGGGCUAGAUUAUAGAAACACUAUUUGCCCCA